GCAGAAUGUUCUGCUGCAGAAUGUUCCGCUGUAACCCCACCCCAGCCCAGCCCUCCACUCCUGCAAGCAAUAGCCCCAGAGCCCACGUUGGCUAGGAUGAGAUCCAUAGCAAAGCAGUACAAAGAAAUCAGAUCUGGGUGCUAAUCUACUUAGCGUUGCUCUAGUUCCAGCGAAAACUUCUCCUAAUAGAGUGGCUUCUACUGGUGCGCUCCGUCGUUUCCUCCACGCUCUUCCUUCCACUGAUAUUUUCCAUUAUUUUUCCAAACAUGGCAUUUCAGUUCCUUCGGCAAUCCCAAGGAACAUUGCAGCUCGCGCUCUCGCUAGCAGAUUCGCGCAUUAUUGCCGCCAGCAUAGGCGUUUUAUCCGCACUCGGGGCUUGCUGCGAAAACCAGCUCAAGAAAUUCCACUUGACCGACAUUUUUCUCGUAGACUCCAAGGGGAAACUCGCGUGGAACGACCUUCAGGUUGCCUCGGAAGCAGAAACAGCAGAAACUGCAAAAACAGCAAAAAACAUCAGAACCCACGAUAGAAACUUCAACUUUCUCUCAAACUGGGAGGGAGUUAUCGCUCCAUUGCUAUCCCAGAAAGAACAGCUGAUUACCCUGCAAGGAGAACUCGUUUUGCCAGAUUCUGACGCUCAAAAUUGUCAGUGCCAUCUCGGUGAUGCCGCCGCUUCAUUCCUUGACAACAAAUCCCCAGAGCCUGUUAAACAUGAUGCCUCGUUUCAGGAGGUUUCGUUUCCCGUCAAAGUCACUCUGGAGCUUCUACAAGACACGAAUGCCAGUAUUACAAUUACUACUGCCAGUGGCACUGAUGAUGUUACUACUAAUGACAGCACAGGCGGUCAGUUGGGUCCUGGACACAUUCUGGUUGCCAGUUUUCAUCGGAAGACGCAUGGGGACCCAGCCUCACAGCCCCAGCAGCCCCCCACCACAGCGCGCCUGGUCUCAGCUCUAAAUCAAGCCAUGCAGGCCGUUUGUCGCCUCAGCAAAGCCUCCUCCAACCCUUCAGAAAAGGCAUCUCAACCCGGCAACUCCUCUGGCUCCCCUUCUGCCGCCCCAGCCACAACCGCAGCCAGAGCCACGGCAACCACCAUCACCGCCACCGCCACUGCUACUCCUGCCGGCCCCAGUCUCUUCUCCCCCAGUCGACACCUUCCCCUGGAAGAGCUGGUGGCGUGGGGCCAGCAGCUGAUGCAAGGGAUGCAAGCGGUAUGUGGGGACGGUGCUGCUGGUGCUGAGGAGAUAGCUCGCGCGAAGGAUGGGCAAGAAGGAACGGAAGGAGGCUGCGCAUGGGAGGCAGCGGCGGAAGCAGGAGCAGGGGGAGGCGCGGGAGGAGGAGCAGCAGCAGGAGAAUCAGGAGCAAGAGCAGGCGCAGGACCAGCAGCAGAAGGUUCCGAUGCUGCGGAUGGAGUGGCCCGCUGGGCGGGCAACGCUGUGGGCUGGUUGCAAGAGGCACUACAGGAGUAUGGGCUGUUCAAAGGCAUCUACGAGCGGUCCAAGGACCCGAUAGUGGUGUACAGCAUGAGCCACCAGCUGCUCGACUGCAACCCAGCGGCCCUCUCGCUCCUUCGAUACCCCUCCAAAGCCGCCCUGCAGCACGCCGUUGCCCUCGGGUGCGCCUCCCCCCCUCUCUCGCCCGAGGUCCAGCCGGACGGGGAGAGAUCGAGUGAGAAAGGGGCGCGGAUUGGGCGGGAGGUGGUGGAGAGAGGGGAGGUGGUGGUGACGUGGACGUAUUUGAGGCGAGACGGGGAGGCUUUACCCCUCCAGAUACACUACCAGCUCAUGCGGGUUGGCGGGGACAGUGUGUUUGUGGGCACGUGGCACGACCUCACAGAGACGCUCAGGCAGGAGGACGAGCUGAGGAGAGCCAAGGAGGCAGCAGAGGCGGCGAGUGAGGCGAAGAGCAUCUUUCUGGCAAACAUGAGCCACGAGAUCCGCACACCCAUGAACGGCGUGGUUGGCGUGGCCGAGCUCCUACUAGACACCCCUCUAUCGGAGGAGCAGCGCUCCUUCCUCGACAUCAUCCGCACCUCCGGGGACAACCUGCUGAGGAUCAUAUCGGACGUGCUGGAUCUCUCCAAGAUCGAGAGCCAGUCGCUGCCCCUGGAAGACAUUCCCUUCUGCCUCACCACCUGUGUCAAGGAAGCCACUGCUCUGUUGUCCGUGGCUGCAACAGAGAAGGGACUGCUGCUGGACAGCCGCAUCGACUCGCACGUGCCUCGUAUCAUCAGUGGUGACCCGGGGAGAUUGCGCCAGAUCAUUCUCAACCUCGUGUCCAACGCCAUCAAGUUCACACAGACUGGGGAGGUGCGCGUGCACAUCAGGCGGUCGACGGAAGAAGAGAUCGAGCAAGUUCUGGCUUCCAGAAUAACUGUCCCUCUUGCCUCUGCCCCUCCUCCGCCUGCUGCUGCCAUUUCUGCUGCUGCUGCUGCUGCUACUGCUGCUGGAACCAGCACUGGUGGUGCUGCUGCUCCUGCUCCUGCCCCUCCUCCUGCUCCUCCUCCUGCUGCUGCUGCUGCUGCUGCUGCUGCUGCUGGUAACACUGCUCCCACUGCUGCACUUGGGCAGCAGCACCAGCAGCAGCAACCGCCGCAGCAGCAGCAGCAACCGCCGCCGCAGCAGCAGCAGCAACAGCCGCACCAGCAACAACCACCGCAGCAGCGGGUGUGGCUGACGUUCAGCGUGUCGGACACAGGAGUGGGAAUCAGCAAAGACGCAGCCGACCGCCUCUUCCGAGCAUUCAUGCAGGGCGAUCCCUCCACGUCCCGCCGCUACGGCGGCACCGGGCUAGGCCUAGCCAUCUCCAAAUCACUUGUGAGCCUGAUGGGGGGAGAUAUACGCCUCAGUAGCACGGUGGGCGUCGGGUCGACGUUUUCGUUCACGCUGAACGUUCCGGUGUCGUCGGCUGCGAGGUGCGCGCUUAAGGAAGACUCUUUGCUAAGAGACGGGAUGCUGAAUCCGGAUGGUGCUGGUACUUGUGGGGUUACUGCUGCUGCUGCUACUGCUACUGGUUCUGCGAGGUGUGCGCUUAAGAAAGACUCUUUGCUAAGUGACGGGAUGCUGAAGCCGAACCUAGAUGUGCGAGUGACUUGCUUCGAUGGUGAUGGUGUUAUGGGUAAUGCUGCUGGGACUGGAACUACUGAUGCUCCUGUUGCUGCUGCUACUGCUGCUAGUGGUGGUGAUGUUACUGCUGCUACUGCUGCUAGUGGUGGUGGUGUUACUGCUGCUACUGCUGCUAGUGGUGGUGGUGUUGCUGCUGCUGCUGCUUCUGCUGCUGCUGCUGCAGCAACAGCAGGCCCCAAUGUUGGGGGUAGCCCUCUUGCUCCUGGUGCCAGCCUUAACUAUCGUCACAGAAUUUCACCGGAGCAUUCGCUAAGCGCCAUUGCAAGGCUGGGAGGGCCUAUGACUCAAGGGAGGAACGUAGCCGCAGCUGCUGCUACAACUGCUACAACUUCUGCUACGGCUGCAACCGCCGCUGCUAGUGAAAUACUGAUUUUUCAGAAGCGUCGGGGGUUCGUGGUACCUUCAGGGGUGCUUGGUGCUGAUGGUGCUGCUGGGAGGCUUGAUCUGGGCUCUGAACCAGGCCCAUAUGCGAAAACCUCAAGUGGGAUGCUUGGAGCAUCACCUGCAGGUACAGCUGCAACAGCUGCAGCUAGCGGAUUACUGAAUAUGCAGAAACGAAGGGGGGAAUUGUUACCCCCAGGGGUGGUUGGAGGGGUAGAAGCGAUUCAGCGUGCAUUUUCAUGUCCUUUACAACAAGGCCACACGCACCACAUACAGGCAGAGGGCUCAAGAUUCAAUGAGUGCGCUUUUGAGUCAAGCCAAGAGCUGAUUCAGGGUCAGAAAGACCACAUUCAGGCAGAGGGGAGGAGGCGGAAGAGAGAAGAGGAGGAGGGGAGGCAGAUGGAAGUGGAGGAGGGGAGGAGGAGGCAAAGAGAAGAGGAGGAUGAGGAGGAGGAGGAGAAGAACGGGAGGCGGAGGGAGGUGGAAGAGGAGAGGAGUAAGAAGAGAGAAGAGGAGGAGAGCAGGCAGAGGGAAGUGGAGGAGGAGAGGAGGCAGCGGCGUCAGGGGCUGGCGUGUUUGAUAGCGGAGGACAACGCGGUGAACCAGAUGGUCAUUCUGAGAAUGCUCAAGAGCCUGGGGGUGGUCAGCGACGUGGCCUCGAAUGGAGCAGAGGCAGUGCGGGCGUGCGAGGCCAAGGAGUAUGAUGUGGUGUUCAUGGACUGCCACAUGCCUGUGAUGGACGGCUAUGAGGCCACGGAGAAGAUCCGACGGCUGUACUUGCACCGUGCACGGGGUAGGCCAAAGGAGGGGGGGAGAAGGAGCAGGAGGAAGAGCAGCAGGCGUUAUCUGUGGCAGAAGUGUGCAGAUCACCAGCGUCUGGACCACCGUCUGCAGCACCAGGGGUAUCAGCGGCACCAGGGAUAUCAGCAGCGUUUGGGACACCGGUAGCACCCCUUUAUGCAGCAGCGGAGACUCCAGGCCCAGAAGCACCGGCAGGAGCAGCAUCACCGUCACAAUCCGCUUCGGCACUAGAAUCAGCACUGGCAGCAGCAGCAACAGCGACAGCACUGGCAGCAGGAUCAGCAUCAGCACCAGCGCCAGGAGAACCAGUAUCAGCAUCAGCAACAGAAGCAGCAGCAUUAUCAGAAGCAGCAGCAUCUGCAUCACCGUCCGAGAGUCUACGUUCGCUGCGCCGGCCGUACAUUGUUGCUCUCACUGCCAGUGCUCUGCUGCAUGAAAGACUGCGGUGCACUCAGGUUGGCAUGGACCACUUCCUGACAAAACCCGUGAGGCCAAGCGAGCUGGAAACACUGUUGCGGCACGUGGAGCUGCGAGGCAUGAUGAUUCAGCAGGACCUGCUUGCACGGGAGAGAGAAUCUCAAAUGCAAACUCCUGAGAAAGAAAACCAGAGGCAAACUCCUGGAGCAGGGAACCGGGAGCAGGUGGAGCAGAGCGAGCAAAGGGAGCAGGUGGAGCAAAUUGAGCAAAAGGAGCAGGUGGAGCAGAGGGAGCAAAGGGAGCAGGUGGAGCAGCGAGGCUUCAUGAUUCAGGGUGACCUGCUCGCACGGGGUAGAGAAAGCCAGGUGCAAGCUCCUGAGGGAGACAACCUGAGGCAAAACCCAGGGGCAAAAAACUGGGAGCAGAAGGAGCAGAGGGAGCAGAUGGUGCACUUCGAGCAGAGGGAGCACGUGGAGCAGAGGGAGCAGAGGGAGCACGUGGAGCAGAGAGGCGUCAUGCUUCAGCAAGACCUUCUUGCACGGGGGAGAGGUUCCCAAAUGCAAACUCCAAAGGAAAAACCCCAAGAACUAAGUCCUCAGAAUGGGAACCGAAAGCAAACUGCUGAAUCGGAGCACAAGGAGCCUGGGGCGGGUACGAUGGCUGCACCAUGCCAGGGUGGUUUGGUGCGGGAUGCUGAGCUGGCACACAACCCAGGGGUGCGAGAGGCUGAGCUGGCGCAUAGCCCAGGGGACAUGCCACUGUUAUCAAUCAGCUGGGACAAGGAAGAGGAGGGAAUGGGGGAUCCGGAGGGAAGAGGGGGCCAGAAGGGAGGAGGGGGCCCGAAGGGAAGGGGGGACCAGGAGGGAAUAGGGGACCAGAAGGUAAGAGGGGACGAGGUAAAAAGAAGAGACGGAGCAGCUGGGAUACAAAAGAAGCAUGGGCAAGAACAGGGUGAUGGAGACGCAUGCACACCGAUGGCCAGCAUCAGUCUGAAGAAAGUUGCUGAUUGUUUGAAGCGCACCACUGCGGAAGGCCAGGCUAAGUCAGGAAGUGAGAAAGGGCCCAAGAGGCAGAGGAGGGAGCACAGAGUAGCACAUGAUGAAGUAGGGUAAUAAAAAAACGGAGAUAUGUUGUUUUUUGGCCAACAUAGCUUAUGCUUAUUGACGGUUCGCCCACAAAGUUGAGAUUGUGAAAGCUUG